CGGCUUGUGGCACCGCGGGGGGCUUGUGGCACCGCGGGGAGUCGUCGAGCGGGCGCGCUGCGGGGCAGCCCCGCGUCCCCCGCGCAUCGUGGGUCCCAUCGACGAUGCUGUAGGUUCGGCCUGAGCUUCUGGAGAGCGGGGCUGUGAAGGAACAUCGGGGACCGAAGUUCUCCAGCUUUCCGUUUUUAACACCUCCACUUGCCUGACCGCACGACGCCAGUGUCCUAAGAAGAAAUAUGGCAGAGCUCUCGGAGUUAGAAGGACCAGUCGAUUGGAAGGAGCGAUGCGUAGCUCUGGAGUCCCAGCUCAUGAAGUUUCGAGUUCAGGCAAGCAAGAUCCGCGAGCUCUUAGCAGAGAAAAUGCAACAGUUGGAGAGACAAGUUAUCGAUGCCGAACGUCAAGCAGAAAAGGCUUUUCAACAGGUACAAGUUAUGGAAGAGAAACUAAAGGCAGCUAAUAUUCAAACCAGUGAGUCAGAGACUCGGCUGUAUAAGAAGUGUCAAGACCUGGAGUCUGUAAUGCAGGAGAAGGAUGACAUCAUUCAGAGCUUGGAGCUGCGGCUUGAAGAGCAGAAACAAAUGAGACUACAAGAAGCUAAAAUAAUAGAAGAAAAAGCUGCUAAGAUCAAAGAAUGGGUAACAGUUAAGCUAAAUGAGCUGGAGGUGGAGAAUCAGAAUCUUCGUUUCAUCAACCAAAACCAAACUGAAGAGAUAAGAGCAAUACAAUCACAAUUGCAAGAACUCCAAGGGAAGAAGAUCUCCUGUGUCUCCACACCAAAGCUCUCAGAGGGGCAGCGCCUGAGCGGUUUGACAUUUGGAUGCUUCUUGUCCCGAGGGAAGAGUCCUCCUCACGAAGUCCGAAGCGAGGAAGUGAGCAAGAUGGCAUCUAAAGAACCCGAGUUCACCGAAGGAAAAUGUGGCGAAGAGAUGGAAGUUGCAGAGAAGCCUGCUGAUAACCAAAUCCAAGAAAAGAGAAACCAGAGAAAGUUGCACGAGACCUCUUGCAGCUCAGAACAGAACCGCAAAACGAGAGCAAGCUUGGCAGCGGAUGGUGGUGCGUCCCAGAAUUCCGGGGCUCCGGGGAGCGACUGGAGUUCUGACGAGGAAGACAGAAGCCAGGGCAGACCCAAGUCCAGGUGCAGGUCCACCCUUUCCAGCCACACGUCUGAGGAGGGCGGCCAGCGUGGCAGGAUGGGCAGCGAAGCGUAUCUCACCGCUUCUGACGACAGCAGCUCUGUAUUCGAAGAAGAGACUUUUGGCAUCAGCAGGCCGGAGCACAAGAAGCGCUAUUCUUGGCAACAGAAGGCGCCGUGGAAAACUCAGAAUAGCUUCUCCAGGGGGCACUCUCAGUCAGGUGUAAAAGAACAGGACAGCUCCUCCGAUGAACUGAAUAAGAAAUUUCAGUCCCAGAGCCUGGAUUAUUCAUCCUCAUCGAGCGAGACCAACACCCCAAGCCCCAUUUUGACCCCAUCUUUAACCCCCAAACAUCCGAACUCACUCCCUGGAAAAGGAACACAGUUAGUGCCUUCGGCAUGCCUGCCACCCCCCAAGCUAAGGAUCCCCAAUGUCUUCAGUAUAAGUAUGGCGCUCACCAAGAGGCACCUGAGCCAGCCACAGUUAUGUUCCAACCGGAUGUUUGGCACCAACAGGAAUGCCAUAAGCAUGAUCCGACCGCUGAGACCUCAGGAAACGGAUCUUGACGUAGUCGAUGGUGACAGCGUGGACGCUGUGGAGAGCAUGGACACGGGCUGCGAUGAUGGGCUGUUUUCCUACGACUCCCUGGAUCCGCCUCCGUUUGCAGAUGACCAGGAAAGCAACGAGCCCACCAAGAAAGCGCCCUGCAGCAAACCUCCCACGCCGCCUCUGCAUCGCUUUCCCUCUUGGGAAAGCAGAAUAUACGCUGUAGCCAAAUCAGGCAUUCGAAUGUCUGAGGCCUUCAAUAUGGAGAAUGCUAAUAAAAAUUCUGCAACCAUACUUUCCUGCUCUGCAUCAGGCCUUUAUACAUCCCUGAUAUACAAGAAUAUGACGAUCCCAGUGUACACAACGCUGAAGGGGAAGGCGACACAAAUAAGUAGCAGUCCUUUCCUGGAUGAUUCCUCUGGCUCAGAGGAAGAGGACAGUUCCAGGUCCAGCUCCCGGACGUCGGAGUCAGACACACGCAGCCGCAGUGGGCCCAACAGUCCCAGAGCCAUGAAGCGAGGCGUCUCUGUCUCUUCUGUGGCUUCUGAAAGUGACUAUGCCAUCCCACCUGAUGCCUAUUGCGCAGACACAGAGUGCUCUCAGCCUGAGCAGAAACUCCCUAAAACCUGCUCCUCCUCCAGUGAAAGUGGGAAAAAUGAACCAUUAGAAAAAUCUGGCUAUCUACUAAAAAUGAGCGGGAAAGUCAAGACUUGGAAGCGGAGGUGGUUUGUCCUGAAAGGCGGUGAAUUGCUUUACUACAAGUCUCCAAGUGACGUCAUUCGGAAACCUCAGGGCCACAUUGAACUCAGCGCAUCCUGCAGUAUUGUAAAGGGAGAUAACAAGCAAACAGUCCAGCUGACCACCGAGAAGCACACGUACUACCUGACUGCGGAUUCUCCCAACAUCUUGGAAGAAUGGAUUAAAGUGCUCCAGAACGUCCUGCGAGUGCAGGCUGCUAACCCUCUCUGCCUGCAGCCUGAGGGCAAGCCCACGGCGAAGGGACUGCUCACCAAGGUAAAACAUGGCUACUCUAAGAGAGUCUGGUGUACGCUUGUUGGGAAGACCUUGUAUUAUUUCCGCAGUCAAGAGGAUAAGUUUCCUCUAGGUCAGAUCAAACUCUGGGAGGCUAAGGUGGAGGAGGUGGACAGGUCCUGUGACUCAGAUGAAGAUUACGAAGCCAGUGGACGCUGUCUUUUAUCCACUCAUUAUACCAUCGUUAUCCACCCCAAAGACCAAGGGCCAACAUACCUGCUGAUCGGAUCCAAGCAUGAAAAGGACACUUGGCUUUAUCAUCUCACUGUGGCAGCUGGAAGUAACAAUGUAAAUGUUGGAUCCGAAUUUGAACAACUGGUUUGCAAACUGCUAAAUAUAGAGGGGGAGCCUUCCUCCCAGAUAUGGAGACAUCCCACGCUGUGUCACAGCAAAGAAGGGAUCCUGUCCCCUCUGACCACACUGCCUUCGGAAGCUCUGCAGACAGAGGCCAUUAAGUUAUUUAAGACCUGCCAACUUUUUAUAAACGCUGCGGUCGACUCCCCGGCCAUCGACUACCAUAUCUCUCUAGCUCAGAGCGCUUUGCAGGUCUGCCUGACACACCCUGAGCUACAGAAUGAGAUUUGCUGUCAGCUUAUUAAACAGACAAGACGAAGGCAGCCACAGAAUCAGCCAGGACCAUUGCAGGGCUGGCAGCUCCUGGCCCUCUGCGUUGGGCUCUUCCUUCCCCACCACCCUUUCCUGUGGCUCCUCCAGCUCCAUCUGAAGAGGAAUGCAGAUUCCAGGACAGAAUUCGGGAAAUAUGCCAUUUACUGCCAGCGAUGCGUGGAAAGGACACAGCAAAAUGGAGACCGUGAGGCCAGACCCUCAAGGAUGGAAAUCCUUUCUACUCUUCUUCGGAACCCUUACCAUCACUCCUUGCCCUUCAGCAUACCUGUGCACUUCAUGAACGGGAUCUACCAGGUAGUUGGGUUCGACGCAUCCACCACAGUGGAAGAAUUCUUGAACACCUUAAACCAGGACACGGGAAUGAGGAAGCCGGCGCAGUCCGGAUUCGCGCUGUUCACCGACGAUCCUUCUGGCAAGGAGCUUGAGCACUGUCUUCAAGGAAAUAUCAAGAUCUGUGACAUUAUUUCUAAAUGGGAACAGGCGUCCAAAGAACAGCAAUCCGGGAAAUGUGAAGGCACAAGAACUGUCCGUCUGACUUACAAAAACAGACUGUAUUUCUCAAUGCAAGCUCGUGGAGAGACUGAUAGAGAGAAGCUGCUUUUGCUGUACCAGACAAAUGAUCAGAUAAUAAAUGGCCUUUUUCCUCUGAACAAGGACCUGGCGUUAGAAAUGGCGGCGCUCUUAGCUCAGGUGGAGAUUGGGGAUUUUGAGAGACCUUUCUCCACUCCAGCCGGGCAUAACCAGUGCAAAGCAAGCCAAAACCUCAAACAAGUCAUAGAGAAAUUUUACCCUAAAAGGUACAGGGAAGGCUGCUCUGAGGAACAGUUACGGCAGCUUUACCAGCGACUCUCCACCAGAUGGAUGGCCCUCCGGGGACACAGUGCGGCUGACUGCGUGCGCAUCUAUUUAACAGUAGCCAGGAAGUGGCCAUUCUUUGGUGCCAAGUUGUUUUUUGCAAAAGUAAGAAAGAAUGGGAAGAAGGACACCCUACUCAUCCUUUUUACUCGCCUAAAUCGUGCCCGCCUGGAGUUACUCUCUUCACACGUCCGCCUCAUCGCGCCCUCUCCUCGCACCGUGAGCUCUCAGCAGUCCAUACGCGUGUCGGCCCUCAGCUCGUUCACGUCCAAUGCGGUGGUGGCCGCUCUCAAGCCUCUAUCACUCAGAGACAUCGACCCAGUGCAUCGACUAUGGCUCAGACUCCUAUGGCCAACCUCACUUCUUCUCUCCAUCGUGUUCACCAUGCGUGCACCACUCUUACACUCCGACUGCGCGGGGUACUCACCCUAUCGAUUUCUGAUCUGCAUCACAUUGUUGUGCUUCAUCUACCCUGUGUUUCAUUUCCACAACAUCCCGCAUGACGCGAGAUACUUCUCAACUCUAAAACGGCACGAUCAACGAUUCUCACUCGCUUUGCCCAUUGACGUCUCUCCAAUUUUUUCCGUAUCUCGCCAUUACACCACCUCAUCGAUAACUCACCCCUCUUCCACUGGCCCAUCUGCGACUCCUCUCUCGUCUUUCCUGCUAGAAAUUGACUAUCAGUAUUACUACGGACCGCCACUACGCACCUCAGCAUCUCCCGGCAAUCCUCUCUCUGUCGCCUGCCUGCGCCGGUAUCCACGAAACAUGCGAUCUAACGCGUCCCCUACGGCCAUAUUACCCCAGUCGACAACCCGUAACAGUUCCUUUUCCUUUUCUUUGAAGAGGUUAGUGGUCAGCUACGUGUACAAGAGCCUGAUGACAUUUGGAGGGUGUCAAGACAAUUUCAUGGUAGUCAUCAACACUCAUUCAAAAGACAGACCGACAGAGAAGUUACUUUUUGCUAUGGCAAAACCCAAGAUUCUUGAAAUCACCCUUCUGAUUGCCAGUUACAUCAACAACUUCUAUCAGCAGAAGGCAGCCCUCCACCACCUCUCUGCUCCGGCACUGCUCUCAGCCAAGACCCAGGAGCCCCACGCCAGGGCCAUGGGAAGCCAGCCCCUCCUGCUGAACAGCAGGCCCACCAAAGGGCCCACCUUGCUCUGAAAGCUCCGAGUCUGGACCUUCACUCCUCGGUCAUGAAGUAACCACAUCCACUACUAACAAGUGUCUUACGCACUGCCAGACAGCCCGGCGCGCACCCCAGCCCCCCAGACGUUAGCAGUCACGGGUUACUCUCUUAACUGACCCCUAAAUAUGCAGAUAACAAUAAAGCCUAACGUGCCAGCAUA